AUGCUCCCGCCAAUGUCUUCGUCGAAUCUUUUCGUUAAUGGAGCUUGCCCACGCUGUCCUCAAACACUGGCCUUGCUCAACGCGAGUGGCAGGAAUCUCCGAGAUUUGAUGAUGGUGGCGGUAACGGUAAGCGAUGACGUUGAAGGCGCGGAGCCGCGUUUGCCAUCAUUUCAGAGCAGCCGCCAGCGAUGGGAUUCAGCGUGCCAUUCGAAGAUAUCACCAAACCACCGAGACAUUGUCGCGUUUCGAACGCGUCCUCCGCUACUUGGCGAAGCUGCCGGUAAAUUCAAAUUGAUUCCUAUGGACGGGGAGGAUGACGUGCCAGUCGAGGCAUGCAUAGGCGUCACCGUCGAGAGCGCUGAGCCGGGUGUCUUUGUUGCUCAUGUACCUGGAAUGAAGUGGUCUGGAUUUACGCUCGCACACAAGGAAUACAUCGCUGACCUUACCUUUGGGCCGGAUACGACGAAUGAAGAAGUAUAUCAGCUAACUGUCAUUUGCUAA